AUGCCCAUUGAAACACCAGAAGUAAAAACCGGGAAAACAAAGUCGAUUUUUGAAUUCGAAGGAUAUGUCAACGAUGACGAUGAAGGCGGACAUGAACGUGAAUUACCUAUCGACCCCAUUUGGGAAAAACAACAGAAAAAGACAUUCACUGCUUGGUGCAACCUUCAUUUAAAAAAGAAGGGAACUGAAAUUAAUGUUAUUGAGGAAGAUUUCCGCAAUGGCCUGAAAUUAUUGACACUUUUAGAAGCGAUAUCUGGUGAAGAAUUACCCCCACCAGAACGCGGCCGACUUCGAGUUCAUAAAGUUCUAAAUGUCAACAAGUCCUUUGAUUUUAUUAAAAAGAAAGGGGUUAAUUUAGUUGGAAUUGGAGCCGAAGAAAUCGUUGAUGGAAAUGUUAAGAUGACCCUUGGUAUGAUCUGGACUAUUAUUCUUCGGUUUGCCAUUCAAGAUAUUCAAAUUGAGAAUUGCACUGCUAAUGACGGUCUACUGCUAUGGUGUCAACGUUCAACCGAACCUUAUUCCGAUGUUAAUGUUAGAAACUUCAAUACUAGUUGGAAAGAUGGAAAGGCUUUCUGUGCUAUCAUUAAUCGAUAUCGUCCCGACUUGCUAAACUAUGAUGACGUUUCUAAAGCUCCUCCAAAAGAUGCUCUUUCAAAAGCAUUUGAUGUCGCUGAAGAUAGUCUUAAAAUUCCGAAAAUGCUUGACGUUAAUGAUAUGAUUGAAUCGGUUAAACCGGAUGACCGUUCCGUGAUCACUUAUGUAUCUUGUUUCUUCCACCUUUUCUCUGAAGCUGAAAAGAGCAACACUGCUACCUCUCGCAUUAAAAAAUCUGUAGAGAUUAGCCAAAUGAGUGAUCAACUUCGUUCCACUUAUUCUCAUCUCUUCACCGAUUUGAAAGAUUGGAUUGAAAAGAAGAAGUCUGAUUUCGAGCACCGUGAGCCAAUCCUUAAUUUGGAGGACGUUAACAAGCAGAUUGAAAUCUUUCAUCAAUAUCAAACUGAGGAGAAACCAGAGAAGAUUGAGGAGAAGUCUCGACUUGAGACCACUUUCCGAACACUUCAAACUCGACUUCGCUUGAACAAUCGUCCUCCUUAUUUGCCUCCUGAUGGAAUGCUGAUUGUUGAUAUUCUUAUUCUCUGGAAGCAGCUGGAAAUUUGUGAAAAGAACUACGAGGAAUGGCUGAUGGGAGAACGCAAACGUACCACAAUCUUGGCCUACUGGUUGUCCCGUUUCGAAGUCAGAUGUAAGACUUUUGAAGCCUGGGCUAGUGGAACAUCGGAUUACCUUCAAUCUAAAGAUCAUACCACUUGCACUGUUGCUGAAGUCCGUCCAAUGCUGAAGAAACACGAGGCUUUUGUCUCCGAUUUAAUGGCUCAGCAAGAUCGUGUAGCUCGUAUUGAAUCGAUUGCAGAGGAAAUAAGAAAUCUUGGCUAUACCGAUAUGCCCACAGUUGACAACAGGUGUGCCCAAAUUAAAAGUGAAUGGGAUUCACUCAAAGGCCUCUCUGAUACUAGACAUGAAAACCUAUCGGAAGCUCAAUCGGUACUGGAAAAAAUUGACUCAAAACAUUUGGAAAUCGCUAAGCUUUCUGCUCCUUUUCACAAUUGGAUGCAACAAGCUGAGGAGGACUUGCUGGAUAAAUUCAUUGCCCAAUCUACUGCUGAUGUUGAGAAACUCAUCAAUACGCACACAGAUUUUGAGAAAUCAUUGAAGGAAAAAGAAAAGGAGUAUGAGAAGAUCAAAGCCUUGGAAGUGGAAAUCAAUGAUCUCUGCAGGCAGAUCAACCGAGGUUCUAUUGUAAAUCCCUAUACCAAUGUCACCACAUCGCUUCUUCACGAGCAGUGGAAGAGAACGCAAGAUCUUACAAGUCAUCGUAAACAAGAGUUAGAAGAUGAGAGGAAUCGUCAAUUGGCCAGUGAUCAGAUGCGUAAAAAGUUCAUCCAAUUGGCUACCGAACUCAACACUUGGUUGGAGCAGACUCAAGGUCGUUUGAAUAAUGUGGGCAUCGGUGAUGCUUCACUUGAAGACCAAGUCAAACUCCUUAGUACUCUGGAUGAAGAUCUGGAAGGUCAUAGGUCGAAACUCAUUGAACUGGAAGAUUGUCAUCAACAACUGCAAGAUGUUUAUGAAGACCUUGACGUCCCAGUUUCUAUGGCAACUCUCCGUUCUGUGUGGAAUCAACUUGCUACUGGUCUGAAGUACACUAGAAAUGAGAUUGAGAACCAGAUCCUCACUCGUGAUUCAAAGGGCUUAAGCAAGGAUCAGCUGGACGAUCUUCGUCGUUGUUUCAACCACUUUGAUAAAGACAAGACUGGAUAUUUGGAAUGUGCCGAAUUCAAAGCCUGUUUGGUUUCUGUAGGACAUGCAAUUGUAGCCGAUGAUAAGAAACAGGUAUGGAAAAAAUACCCCAAUUUUCUCCCAUUUCAGUUACUUAAAUCACUCGUGCGUAGGUUUUUGUCUUACUGUAUCGCUUGUCUCUGUCUUAGCUUUAUGGCUGUGCUUCUAUAUAUGCCCUCUAUUUUGCCGGGAAAUUCUGUUAAAUCGUUCUUUUCCUUACAGUCAGAUGAGGAUAUUCUCAGACUAAUGAAACAACUGGAUCCAAAUUCAAAUGGAACCAUUGGUUUUGAUGUGUUUGUCGACUACAUGACUCGGGAAUUGACCGAUAUGGACACUUCGGAACAGUUGUUACAGUCCUUCAGAACUAUUUCUGGAGAUAAAGGCUACUUAACGGAAGCAGAUAUAAGACGCGAACUUCCUCCAGACCAAGCUGACUAUAUUUUAUCGCAUCUGAAACAGUUGAAAGGUGCCGCUGGUGAUAAUGGAGCCCUUGACUUUGAGCACUAUGUCCUCACUAUCUACGGUUCAAAGUAG